UAAACCGGCUGCGCAUGAGGCCUGGGUACAAAGCUAAGCAUGAACUGGGAAAGCUCUCGAGAUGAAUUGAGACGAACACGAAAUAUUGGCAGCCGGGAAAGUGAAAAGACGUUAAGGUUAGGAAAAGUGGUGCUAGCAGACAGUCCGUCAAAACUUGGAGAUGAAGUAUGGACCGUAUAUGAACAGUUGUUUAUUGCCGCUCUUGAUUGUGGUCAUCACCUGGAAGCAGAGAGUUACUUAGUAAAACUGGAGACAAAAUUUCCCGAGAGUGUUCGAGUGAAAAGACUGAGAGGAAUGAAGAUGGAAUCAGAGGAGCGGUAUGAGGAUGCUGCAAAGUGGUAUGAUCAAUUACUGGAAAAAGAUGAGCCAAAUGCACCUAUUAGAAAGAGGAAAAUUGCAAUACUUAUGACGGAACGAAAACGAAUGGAGGCUAUCAAGGAACUUACUGAAUACCUUGAAUCAUUUAUGAGUGACCAAGAAGCGUGGCUUCAGCUAUCUGACUUGCAUCUGCAGCAGAUGGAUUAUAAACGUGCAGCUUUCUGCAUGGAAGAGCUGCUGUUGUGUGAUCCUGAUAACUACCUGUUUCAUCAGCAUUAUGCAGAGAUGCUCUAUACGAUGGGAGGAGUGGAGAACAUAGACAUGGCGAGGAAGUAUUUUGCACAGUCACUGAAACUGAAUCCAAACAAUAUGAGAGCUCUAUAUGGCUUUCAUCUGACAUGCAUUUCGUUACCCAAGAAGAAAGACAGAGAUACUGACAAGUGGGCUGCUUGGGCAGAACAGCAAAUUAUAGAAAAGUACAAGGCAGGCGAUCAAGACGACAAAGUGGCGAUCAUCGAAGAGAUGCUACGAACUAUGAGACAGAGCUAGACGACGUUUCUCUAGCGCGAUCUGAUUUCAUCCGCUGUCUAGCAAAGUAGUUUGUUCUAAAUGAGUCGUACCA